AUGGCGGAAAUCUUAGACAUUCAGAAACCAAUUGUGUAUGAUGAAUCGAUCGCACACUAUGAACUUCAUGCACAUCAACCAUACGCAUCAUCAACAUUAAAUAAUAACGAUGAAAUCCGUAUCGGUGUGCAAAAUCAAGGCUUAUGUUUAUUACUAAACAAAAGUACACUACACAUAACUGGAAAAUUUACAAAAUCAGAUGGGACUGCAGUUAAUGGAACAAUGGAGUUGGUGAAUAUGGCUGUUUGUCAUAUGAUUGAAGAAUUAUCCCUACUACUAAAUGGUGUUGUGAUUGAUCAAUGUAAAAAUGUAGCUAUUACAUGUCUGAUGAAGAGUUACACAUCUCUAAGUCCAGGACAGCGAAAUCUUAUGGAAAAUGCUGGGUGGUUGAUGGGUGAUGCUAAUAAAUUAACUAAUGAUGAUGGAUACUUUGAUGUAUCCAUACCAUUAAGUGUCAUGCUUGGGUUUGCUGAAGAUUACAAUCGCAUUGUCAUGAAUGCAACAUAUGAGUUAGUUAUCAGAAGAUCAAAUACUGAUCUUAACGCUUACAUACAUAAACCAGCAACAGUUACUGAUGUUGCUGCAAACGUUAAGAUUACUCUAAAUAAAGUUGAGUGGCUCAUACCACACAUCACUAUAUCUGAUAAGCAGAAAAUUCAAGCAUUAAAUUAUAUAUCAAGUGAUCCAGCUAUUUCAAUGAGUUUUCGUUCAUGGGAGUUGUAUGAAUAUCCAUUACUUCCAGCAACUACAAAACACAUUUGGCAAAUUAAAACAUCAACACAGCUGGAGAAACCACGUUAUGUGAUUCUGGGAUUUCAAACUGCGAGGAAAAACGCAGUUAAAAAAGAUGCCAGUCAAUUUGAUCAUUGUAAUCUUAGAGAUGUAAAACUUUUCCUCAAUUCUCAAAGUUAUCCUUAUGGUAAUUUGAAUCUUGAUAUCGAUCGCAAUCAGUAUGCAUCAUUAUAUGAUAUGUACACUAAUUUUCAAACAUCAUACUAUGGUAAAGAACCAGAACCAUUGUUGACAAAGGCAGCAUUUUUAAAAGAAGCCCCACUUUAUGUAAUUGAUUGUUCUAAACAAAAUGAAGCUAUAAAAUCUGGGCCAGUGGAUGUUAGAGUAGAAUUUGAAUCUAAAGUUCCAUUUUCACCUCAAACAUCAGCAUACUGUCUAAUUUUACACGAUCGUAUAAUUGAAUAUAAUCCUAUAAGUAAUAAUGUUAGGAAAUUAAUGUAA